GUAUUUCUUAAAAUUUGCCCAUUAUCGCUCAUAAUCAUGGCAACAUUCUUUGGUGAGAUUUUGCCGGUUGAAUCCCGAGCUUUUGACUAUGACUACGACGAUGAUGAAGAUAGCGACGAAGAAGAAGUGCCAGCUUCUAACUUCGAAGCCGUUAUUAGAUGGUCACCAGCAGUUAGACAAGAAAUAGAAGAUAAUACUCAAAAUUGUCUACAGUGUUCUAUUCUAAUUGCAGCUAUCGGACCAGCGGCUACAGCUUUUGUACGUACGUAUGUUUUGGAGCCGAAGUCGCCUAAAGUUGGAGUUAUUUGUACUGGAUUGAAAUCAAACGAUAUUAAUUCCUUGUCACAGAAUGCAGUGACUGACAAAACUUGCUACAUUUAUCGUUUAGCUUCUAGACCGGAAGUUAUACUUGCGCUUUGUAACACCGACGUAUCACCCGAACAGUCGUAUUCAUGGACCCACAAUCUAAUGGAUAAAAUGAAUGUUACAAAUGUCUACGCGGCGGUCUUAUGCACAAAUCCGGUGACUGACUAUAAAAGUCAAUUACCACCUGGUGAUGUUCCAACUCCCUUCCUUAGGGCUUUGAAAACAACUAAAUUCAGAGGUACUCCGGCAUGUCCUUAUUUAGAACAACCAAAUAUGGUUACGGGUUUAUCAGCUCAAAUAAUGAGCUAUUGUGAAGUUUUCAAAGUUGCCGCUGUAAUGUACGUAUGCUAUACGGACAGUAAAAAAGUUGAUAGACAAACAAUAUCAAUGUUUAAAGACAUUCUUAGUUCAACGCCGUUUAAAGAUGUUGCAUUGGAUAAACCGAAUGAAGAAACUUUAAAAUACGACGAACUGCAUACUGAAUAUGAAACUCUUUAUAUGUAAGAUAAGAGCUAUGUCAUUUUUUUCUAAAAUGUGUUACUCCUGCUUUAAUACAACAGUAAUGAAAAAUUAUUAAAGAUACAUUCUUUAUGUUUAGUUAAAAAUUUCGUCAUAAAUAUAAUUUAAAUUCUAGUGAA